GCAAACUCAGGUACACCUCAGACCCGAGAGGGAGGGCGUGGGGUCACCAUUUAGCUGUUAUGUUGUCUCGGAAAUGGUAGCUCCCGACGGCUAAUUGACCACUAAAUAACUGGUGCGAAUUCCCCCGGGCAGCUCUUUACCUCGAAAGGUAUUUCUUUUUUUUUGUUAUUUUCGAGUCUCUCUAACCUGCCUUUUUCGAGUCUCAGUUGAGCUGGAGCCUUCCUGCCGGAUCAGUGCUGCGCCCAAGCGGUAGUUUGUUCUCGCUCUUUUCCUCCUCCCAUCUUGAACGCCGCUCUGGCGAUUUGGAGGACUUAUCUCUGAUGACAGGAAAUAUGUGUUUAGGCAUGCGCAGUGCAUAAGCGCGCCUGGAGUCCUCGUUUUUAUUUUCCGUGCAGUGGAGAGGCGUCGACGAAUUUAACCACGAGGAGUUAUUAACGUGGCGAAGGAUCAAGACUUUUUGCCUUGUUCACGAGGUGAACAAAAUAGGCUGGCGUUUGGAACGUUCGAAUAAAGAUGGAAAGCAAUGAAGAGCCCCAGAAAAGAGUAUUUAAGGCCCGCAAAACAAUGAAAGCGAGUGAUCGACAGCAGCUUGAGAGUGUGUAUAAAGUGAGAGAAGAGCUUAUGAAGACCACUGAUGUUAAGUUGUUAAAUGGGAAGCAUGAAAAUGGGGAUUCAGACCUUAAUUCCCCCCUAAUAAAUUCAGACUGUGUGGAAGACAAAGAGAUUAAUGGCAUAGAGGAUUUAUGCCUUGAUUCUGAAGAAGGAAAAAUGAAGUCUGAUGAAAUCACUGAUGCCAAAAGUCCAGAUGCUGGAGAGUACCAGGAAACUGACCUGGCUUCCAAACUUGAAAAUAAUUCUCCCGAGAAGAUUGCUUCUGAGCAAGAUCAUGAGGAUGCUAGUAGUACUUCUGCUCCUGAACCUGAAAGUUCUGUGCUUGACUGUAAUAAAGAUAAUGAUUUCCAGGAAGAGGUAACUGUAAAAGAAAACUUAGACCAUGAAGAUAGUAGUAUGAAAGAUGAAUCGGGUGAGAAAGAUGUACCAAACUGGGCUGAAGUUGAAAGUAACACAACCUGUAAUAAUGACUCCUCACAAGAACUAGUAGAAACAAAUGAUCAAGCUUGUACUCUUGAUUUGCCUGUGGAGGAAGAAAAAAGUGAUGGGGAAGUUGUUCUGAAAGAUAGUAUUGGUGAGCAAGCGAUUUCUAGCAGCAUAGAUGCUGAUCAGGAACCAAAGGAUGGGGAUGCCCAAUCUUCAGAUCUUCUGGAGACUAGUAUGCAAAAAACAGUGGAAGAAGAACCAAUAGAAAGCAUCUUGGGAAAUUCAGCCACCAUGGAAACAGAGGAGAUUAUUCCAAUUUUAGAAAAACUAGCCCCAGCAGAAGAUGAAUUAAGCUGUUUCACCAAAUCUGUCUUGCUUCCAGCGGAGAAUCCUAAUCUAGAUGUAGAAGAUAAAGUGGAAAGUUCAUUAAAUUCUCCAUCCAAACAUGAAAGUAGCGAAAAUUUGCCUAAAGAAGCAUUCUUGGUGCUUUCCGAUGAAGAGGAACUUUGUUGUGAGAAAGAACCUGAAGGGGUAACGUCAAAAGAAGCAAGUAUUUCAGAAGGUAGAGAGGAGGAAAAAGAAAAAGAAUUGAGGAAAGCAGAAGAGCAAAAGAAGGAGGAAGAGAGACCUCCAGAAAGAAGUGAGGCAUCAAGAAGGAAGCGUUCCAAAUCGGAGGAUAUGGACACUGUCCACUCUAAACGUCGUCGAUACAUGGAAGAAGAAUAUGAAGCAGAAUUUGAAGUAAAAAUUACAACCAGAGGGGAUGUUAAUCAGAAGUUAGAAAAGGUUAUCCAGAGGUUUCUUGAAGAAAAGUUCAGUGCCCUGCAAUGUGCUGUCUUUGAUAAAACGGUAGCAGAUCUGAAAACUAGAGUUGAUAAGAUUGAAUGUAGCAAGAGACAUAAAACUGUCCUUAAUGAACUACAGGCUAAAAUUACAAGACUGACAAAACGUUUUGGAGCAGCUAGAGAAGAUUUGAAAAAAAGAUCUGAAAAUCCUCAAAGCACACCUCAGUCCCCAGGAAAAGUGGUGGGUGAUGCUGGCGGUGUUAACAGUGUGGCAUAUAGAAAUGCUGGCACAGUAAGACAGAUGCUAGAGUCCAAGAGAAAUACAGGUGACAGCACACCAACUACAUUUCAGGCACCUGUGAAUACAGUGUCUACUGCUAAUCUUACAACUCCACAGACAACAGCCAGUGGACAUCCCAAACCUCAGACUCCAGUCACUUCUGCACCUUUGACUUCUGGCUCCUUGACAACCUCAGUUCUUCCUGCAGCAAAUACAGCAACAGUAGUUGGCACUAGUCAAGUGGCCAGCGGCAGCACACAGCCUGUGUCUGUUUCACUACAGUCCUUGCCAGUAAUACUGCACGUACCUGUUGCAAUGUCCUCUCAGCCUCAGCUCCUGCAAGGCCAUACUGGCACUUUGGUUACCAACCAGCAGUCUGGAAGUGUUGAAUUUAUACCUGUGCAAAGUCAAUCUAACGUUGGCAACCUAAGCAAGACUCCAUUAACACUGUCAUCUGCUAAUUCAGCAAAACCAAACAUCAGCCCUUCUGUACCCAGCUCUGGUAUUCAGAGGAACUCUCCAGCCAGUGCUGGUUGCUCAAUAGGGACAACUCUGGCAGUACAGGCUGUUUCAACAGCACAUCCAGUUGCACAAGCCACAAGGACUACUUUGGCUACUGUGACUACAUCAGGAGUGUAUACUCCUCCUACCAGCAAUAGGAGUUCCAUACAAAUGAAGAUCCCUUUGACAGCCUUCAGCAGUACUGCUCCUUCUGAAAUAAGCACCCCAGUGGCACCUAGAGUUGAGAGCCAGACAUCCAGGUUGCUGCCACCUCUACUGCCAUCAACAGAUACUUCAGCAAAGAAAGCAUCUGAGAAUCCAUCACAGAGUGGAAAGCCCACAGGUAGUGUUUCAAGUGGAGUCAUUGACCUCACAUUGGAUGAUGAAGAUGAUGGCUCUUCUCAAGCAGAGAGCAAGAAGCAGAACCAGAAUCAAUCAAACACAUCUGGAAUCAGUCUGCCCAACCAAUCUGUAGCUCGUCCACUCCAGCCAGUACAGACAAGUCCUGUCCAACAGACAGGUGCGCCAGCAAGUGGCUUAUCACAGACUACCAUACAUGUUCUCCCCACAGCCCAGACAACUGUGAAUGUAACCCAUCGUCCAAUGACUCAGGCUGCUGCCCGGCUCCCAGUACCAAGAGCUCCUGCUAACCAUCAGGUGGUCUAUACUACUCUUCCUGCACCAUCAGGACAGAAUCCUGUGCGAACCAACGUUAUGCAGAGCCCUAGUUUAAGGCAGGUCAACCCACAAAGUUCAGGUGUGACACUGCGAAUGCCUCAGACAACAGCGUACGUUGUAAACAAUGGACUGACCUUGGGGUCUGGAGGGCCUCAGCUCACUGUGCACCACCGGCCAUCUCAAGUGCAUUCAGAGCCACUGCGGCCUGUGCAUCCAGCCCCACUGCCAGAUGCCCCGCAGCCAUCACGCUUGCCUCCUGAAGCGACCAAUACCUCUCUGCCUCAGAAACCACAUCUGAAGCUAGCACGUGUACAAAGCCAGAAUGGCAUAGUGCUAUCGUGGAGUGUUUUGGAAGUGGACCGGAGCUGUGCCAGCGUGGACAGCUAUCAUCUGUAUGCAUACCAUGAGGACCCUAGUGCCACUGUGCCCUCCCAGUGGAAAAAAAUCGGGGAAGUGAAAGCCCUUCCUCUGCCUAUGGCUUGCACACUUACUCAGUUCGUGUCUGGUAGCAAAUACUAUUUUGCAGUCCGUGCUAAGGACAUCUAUGGACGCUUCGGACCUUUCUGUGACCCUCAGUCUACAGAUGUGAUCGCUUCCCAAAGCAGUUAAACUAGAGACUUUGAAGGCUUCCAUCUUGCCCUACAGUGCAGCUUACUCUGGUUUUGGGUUUAUUCUCAUGCAUGAAACUCACUGUAAAACCUCCUCUGCAAGAUUAUUUCGGACAAUUUUCACACACUACAUAAACUUACAACCAAAAUAAAUUUCUAGCAUACCAUGGGAGAGCCUGUAUUUCUACUGAAAUCUUGAAGCAUGACAUUCUUCUCCCCUGCUGUUUAGGUAUGAGGCCUUGAAUCUUUGGGAUUUGGCUUCAUACAAGUAAGUAUUUGAGUAGGCUGAUGAGGAUAUAUUAGCCCUGACACAAAGGCAAGAGGCAUGUUGGGUCAGGAGGGAAGCUGGGAUUUGGGAGCUUGCUUUCCUGGGUACUGGAAGAGUGGCCAGCCUUACCUUGCAUUGCCUGUUCUCUAGAGGGCAAAGGAGUGGCCAGUCCUUGAGGAAUGUAUGCUAGCCUCAGGAAGUGUUCUAAGUCCGAUCUGAAAACAGGUUUGCAGAAAGUUGUUUCAUUUGCGUUUCCAAUCCUUUCCUGAUCCUCCUUUUAAAUGUCCAUCUCUUUUUUGAAAAAAAAAUUUAUUUGUGCCUUAAACAGUAAUUUCAAAAAUAAAUGCAGUCACCUUUUCUGUGUUUUCCUCCUUUUGCCAUUUUCAUUUUUCAUCUCCUUUUGCUAGUCCCAGAACAUCAUAACUUUCCCUUGCAGUGUCCUGAGAAAUGUCAUAGCCAAUCUUAUUAGAUUAGUUCUCAUUUGUGAUCAUUUAGGGCAAUGUUUAAACGUUUGGUUCUGUUUACUAGGUGAAGAGGAAUCAUACUACAUCACCUUCGUCAGAGGAAGUUGGUGUGCCACGUAAGGUCUGGGUACAUAAUACCAUAUUUUCAUCACAUCCUGAUAAUUGCUUUUUUCAAGCCACUAUAACUGAACCUUCCCAUACAACCUUUCAUUCUUUUGAAGUGCUGAGUCAGCACAACAGGACAGUGCCUACAUCUCCCUCCAUCCCACCAGGACCUAGUAUGUGUAAAAUAGGCAUAAACCACACCUUCCAUGGACAAUGAAUGAGAACUGCACCAUGCCAUCUUCCAAUUUAAAGCAGCACAUCUGUUGUCUUCCUGGAUUAUCUGCUCUAGUUGGGGAUAGUUCUUCUCAGUUCAUUGUCUGGCCUAGGGUCUAGCACUUCUUGUUUUAUUUUUCAAGCUAGUACAGCUGAACCAUGAAAUGCAAGAUUCUAAAGAGAGAAAGCCUAGAGCUGGAACAACAUUAAUCUUAUGUACAUUGAGAAGACAAGGUCUUAAUUCUGUAACUGUGAGAACAUAUGUGCAGUAGAGUUCAUUGCCAUUUAAUACACCUUAUAUCCUCAUUCAUCUACAUUUUAUAGCCAAGGAGUUGUUUUUGAGUAAUGAGGAACCAGCUUUUUGGUGGAUCUUCUGCUUAUGUCUAGUGGUCUAGUCCCAAAUUAACUUUGAACUGAGGUAAAAUUUAUCCUUGCUGCUGUGUGAAGAAUUCCUCAGUCUUUAGCAGACAGGUGAUGAUCCAUUUGCCUCGCUCAUUUAAAUUAGCAGUGGUGCUAUCUUCAGAAACCAGACUCCUUUGUGUACCUGUUUGCUAGCUGGCAGCUUGGUCUUGAAGCAAGCAGUGAUUUCUCUAGAGUAACCACUUUCAGAAUCAUUUUUUCCCCUCAGUUUGAAGACGUGUUUGGACCUUCUUGCAAAAUUAACAGUAGUAAUGCUUUUAAAAAAUCAGCUGAUGAUAAAAUACCAAAAGUCUAUGAAGAAAGUAUUUUAUUACAAAAACUGAUUUAAAAGAGGGGAGAAUUAAAUCAGAAAGACAGUUGUGUGUGACUACAGCAAUCCUGAUCAUAUAUAGCCAGAGAUGCUAUCUACUUUGGCCCUUUCCUACUGACUCAUCUCAUGCCUUUUUCUUAUCUGUAGGCAAUAGACACAAGGUUGACAAUAGCUGAAAGGAAUGUGGAUAUAUGGAGUAGAGUUUAUAAUACCAUUUGGGAAGCACAUGUGGCAUGUGUUUGAACACGAGAGAAAACUUGCAGCCAGAGAUCAUCUUUGAACUUGCUGCCAAAAAAGAAGUAGAGAUGUUAUGAACCCAAAAAAUGUGACAAUCCUAAUCUGGAUAAAGUACAUCCUGCCCUUAUAUAACAGAGAGACAAUAUUGGCAACUACACUUCUUCUAUUGCUUUACUUCUGUUCUGCAUUCAGGGCCAGAUACUGUUCUACUUUCAAUGACAAAACUUGCAGCAUAUCAGUUACCACAAUUAAGUUAGAUCAAAAUUGAGGGUAAAACACUUUUGCCUUCAGAUUUGUAAAGUGAAGCUGGCAGAAAGGCUCUUAGUUAAAAAAAAAACGUACUUAUAAAUCAGAAUGGAUAUCUGGAGCGUAAUCAUUCAAGUAACACUGAGGGAAAGGCAGAAAGAAUGAGAGUGUGCUGCCAGCAGGAGCUCACAGUUUGAGAGUUUGUAGCUUUGUCUUUGGUGCAAUAUUUCCAAAGAAAAGAUAUUCUCUCCCCCCCCCCCCCAUUUGAGCAUCUGUCUGUAAACUGAUGCUGCACAAUACUAACUUACUGUCAAAGUAUUAGAAAAUAAACAGGAUUAUACAAUACAAAGGUGCACAGUUACUGGGUUUUUCCCAUACUAUGUUUGUAAAAUUGAACCGUCUCAGCGUGGUGUUUGCAUUAUAGAUGAGAAGAUCAAAGGAUCUUCAAGGGAAGAGCGCAGAGAAGGAUAUUAGUCUCAACAUUGUACUUUGUCAGUAUUUUUUCCACCAUGCUUUUCUUACUGCAGUAUAUGGGCUGGCCCAUGCUUAAAUUCUGUUUUCUACAGCUGUUGAGGUAGUAUUUUUUUCAUUUGUAUUUUAGCAACAUUCUGUUCUUUAUACUGAAUACUUGAGAAUCCAUCUGGCAGUUAGCGACAUUCCAUUUUUGAGGACCGGGGAAGGGGCAAGUAAGAUGCUUUAGGCUUUUCAACAUGAGAAGGUGGUGGAACAAUUGCUGCUAAAUCCUUCAAACUGCUUGUAUGUUUCCUACUUUGUCCCUCAGAUUACAGCAAGUAAACUUUUUUCUGGCAAGAUCUCAGCAAGUUGUGAAGGGAAGGGGCCAGGAACAAUGCAUACUUUAUAGUGGUAGCUAAUUAGGAAAAGAUUCUAAGAGCUCUGAGCAUACUAGUAAGUAUGCUGUUUCUCAAGGACAGAUGAAUCUUUAAAAGCUCUAACCUGAAUUUCUAGUAUAUUGGAGGUAUGGCUGUGUCUUUAAGUCUAUACAUUCCAGGAAAAUGGUGGCCAAGCUAAUAGCAUCUGUGGGGUCAAGAGGAUAGAUGCUGGGAUUCAAAAAGUGUUUUGUUGUCAGUUCACCCUUUCACUUUAGGAUCUGUGUCUAAGUUGUCUGUGACCCAGAAUCCAUAUCACAUGUAGGAUCAGAUUGGGUGUUAAGUAGCUUUAUAACUUGGAUCCCUGAAUAGCUACAUUACAGUAUUAACUAGGAAGACUGCAUAUGCAGUAGAAAACAAGUUUGGGAUGAUGACUUUUUAGAAGUCCUUUGGCAUGGUCAAGUUCUCAACUGCAAAAAUACCCAGAUUUUAAAAACUAAAAUUAUAUUGUUUUAAUAGCUAUGUAUUUUAAAUAUAUGGAAGUUAUUUUUUUCCCUUAUUUCCCCCUCAUAAUUUUGUGGUGAGGGAUGUGAGAACCCCCCUCAUAAUUUUGUGGUGAGGGAUGUGAGAACCCCCCUCAUAAUUUUGUGGUGAGGGAUGUGAGAACUGGGUGCCAGUGUUUGGUGGGGCCUUCUAGCAUUGCCAUAAACCAGUUAUUGCAAUCUUUCUAUAAUGAACUCAUGUUGACAAGAAUAAAACACAAAUUGAUAAGUACAGCUUAAAAUCUCUGUUCCUUUUAUCAUUGGAUCUCAUCAAUAUUUUAAAGCACAUUGAAAGAUUUCAAUUGUGCUGGCUUUUCCUCUGAAAAUAUUUUAAGUGCUGUCUGAGGUUGAAGUUUUAUCUGUAAAUAAAGAAACUGGACAGCCAAAAGUUGGGGUACUUGUUGGACUUCAGUAACUUAUCAGCUAUUGGCAAAUAGACUCCUACAAAACCCUUUAUAAAAACUUGCACUCUGAUUUUUUCUCCUGCAGAUGAACAUGUAAAUAAAGAUAAUGUAGGAUGUACCAAAAAGUCCAGUUUGAGCAGGACAAUGGCAAGUUCUCCCCAGUUUUUGUAUGCAUUAUAGAUUAGUGUCUGUAUACGUGUUAAUUGUAGUGGGGUUUUGUCUGACAAGCCUGAAAUUUAUACUUUGAAAUAAACUACUGGGUUUUUAA